CAGAAUCCUGUGAGAAUCCACGCCUGCUUUUUCACGGACCAAUGCCCACUACAAGCCUCUCCAGCACCACACGCCGUGUGCUUAUGUUGGAUAUUCCACUGCGGUUCCGUUAAAUCUGUUGAACGCGUCUUUCUCCGCGCGUCCAGAAACACGCCGGUCGGUCUGAAGCGCGUCGGAGCCCAUUUGCAGCCGCUGCCUUUGUGGGUCGGCUGUGGAUUGACUUAAUGCCUCCUUUAAAAGCCCUCUUCGGGGUUUUAAGUUCAAGAAAACACCCGGACCCUUCGCCUUCUCGCCUUUGACUCUUAUAGGAGAAUUAAAUGUUUAUUUUUUGGCACCGGUGGAGCGCGAGAUCUUGCCGGUUGCGGACAAUGUUCAGCGUUUUUGUAUAAAACACCUUGUCAGUAAAACUUUACCUCAGAAAACACAGUGGAUAACUUGUGCGUUUCCCCGAGGUUAUUUUGUGUAUUUUUUUACCUCAGAAAGUGAUGGCGGAGCGGGGGGCACGGCUGCUUGUGUUUUUCGCAAGUCUUAUCGUUCUCCGGUUCGGCGGUGCGGAUAAAGGUUCUGGCAUUCGAGGUUUUAUCCCGUUCAGGUUCUCGGUUGAACCCAUCGACACGCUGGCUGUACGCGGCCUCCCCGCUGUCCUGAACUGCUCGGCCACUAGCGACGCUCCGGUGAGGGUGGAAUGGAAGAAGGACGGGACGUUCCUGAACCUGGUGGCAGACGACCGGAAGCGGCAGGUAGCGGACGGCUCUUUGCUCAUCAGUACAGUGGUCCACUCCAAAAACAAUAAGCCUGAUGAGGGGGUGUACCAGUGCGUGGCCACCAUCGACAAUCUGGGCACCAUCAGCAGCCGAACCGCACGACUCACAGUGGCAGGAUUUCCGCGGUUCCUCAGUCAGCCGGAGGGUGUGUCGGUGCGCAUGGGCGGCGCUGAGAUGCUGAGCUGCGAGGUCACGGAAGAGCUCGUCCCGUUCACCCGCUGGGAGAGGGACGGUCGGGCCGUGGAGCUGGACAGCAGGGUCAUACAGCUGCCCAGCGGAGCUCUGGUCAUCAGCAACGCCUCCCAAAGCGACGCCGGUCUCUACCGCUGCACCAUAGACGGCCUGGGACCGGCCAAAACCACAGAGGAGGCAGAACUACAGGUGUCUGCAGAUUUGGGUAUUGAAGAAAAACUGGAGACUCUCCAAGGCCCGGUUGCUGUGGCGAAGGUUGUCGGGGAGAGCGUGUUGUUGCCAUGCGUCAUGAAGGGAUCCCCUGUGCCAGUGAUUCGCUGGACGCUUAACGACCGGCCGAUUGACGAGAGCCUUGAGCGUUUUGCUGUGAUUGGCGGGGGAACCCUGCAGAUCGUCAACCUGACCGAAGAGGAUGCUGGGAUAUACGUCUGCCAGGCGGACAGCGGCAACAUGACCAGCGAGAUCCAGGCAGAGCUUACAGUGCACGUUCCUCCGCGGUUCUUGACGAGACCCUCCAACACUUACGCCCAGGAGUCCAUGGACAUUAUCUUUGAGUGUGACGUCACCGGCUCGCCGCCGCCCACCGUCAAGUGGAUGAAGGAUGGAGACACGGUCAUUCCCAGUGAUUAUUUCAGGAUAGUGAAGCAGCAUAACCUGCAGGUUUUGGGUUUAGUCAAAUCAGAUGAAGGUUUUUAUCAGUGUUUAGCGGAGAACGAUGCCGGGAACGUCCAGGCGAGCGCUCAGCUGAUCAUACUGGAUUUAGCGUUCAGCCCGGCCGAGCGCAACGGCCCGACGCCCUCCGCCCCGCGGGAUGUCGUGGCAUCUCUGGUGUCCACCCGAUUCAUCAAGCUGACGUGGCGACUUCCUGCCGAGCCGCACGGAGAGAACAUCACCUACUCUGUGUUCUACAGUCUGGAAGGCACUAACAGGGAGCGUGUGGAGAACACCAGCGGACCGGGAGAGAUGCAGGUCACCAUCCAGAACCUCGUCCCCGACACCAAGUACACCUUUCGGGUGGUCGCGUCCAACGCUAACGGCCCGGGCGAGAGCUCCACCCCACUUACAGUGGCCACCCAGCUGGAGGUUCAGGUCCCGGGUCCGGCUCCGAAUCUGCAGGUGGUCUCUGUGAGCACUACCUCAGUCACACUGAGCUGGGAGAGACCCAUCAUUGGAAACGGGGAGAUCCAGACCUACAAACUCUUCUACAGCGAGAAGGGACAAGACUCGGAGCAGGACAUGGACGUCAUGGGUCUGUCCGACACCAUGACGGGCCUCAAGAAGUUUACAGAGUACAGUUUCAGGGUUGUGGCGUACAACAAAUACGGCCCCGGCGUCUCCACUGAGGAUGUUGUGGUCCGCACACUGUCUGACGUGCCGAGCGCACCGCCGCAGAACCUCACUCUGGAGGUCCUGAACUCAACGAGCAUCAUGGUCCGAUGGCGGUCGCCUCCCCCUGGUACCCUGAACGGAGAGCUGACGGGGUAUAAAUUACGCUACCGGAAAGGACUCAGGAGAGCAGACACAAUAGAGAUCUCAACCACACAGCUCUUUCAGCUCAUUGACGGUCUGGAGAAGGGAAAGGUUUACACUGUGAGAGUGUCAGCCACCACCAUGAACGGAACCGGACCGACAACCGAGUGGAUCGCAGCCGAAACCUUCGAGAACGACCUGGACGAGUCCCAGGUUCCAGGAAUGCCGAGUUCUCUUCAUGUUCGUCCGCUGGUGAACCGAAUCGUCGUGAGCUGGACUCCUCCAGAAAACCAGGACAUUUUAGUGCGAGGUUAUAAAAUCGGAUACGGAAUCGGCAGCCCUCAUGCCCACACGGUCACUCUGGAUUACAAGCAGCGUUUCUACAGCAUCGAUAACCUCGAUCCCAGUUCCCAUUACGUCAUCACCCUCAAGGCAUUCAACAACAUGGGCGAAGGCAUUCCCAUCUACAACAGCGCCACGACUAGACAUCAGUCCGACCCCAUAGACCCUGAUAUUGAUUUUUAUGAACUCUUUAAUAACCCACACACCCCAGCACCCGACCCCACACCCAUGCUGCCCCCGGUGGGCGUUCAGGCCACCGUCCUCAGCCACGACACCGUCAAAGUCAGCUGGGCCGACAACUCGCUCGCCAAGAACCAGAAGAUCACCGACUCCAGAUAUUACACCAUCCGCUGGAAGACCAACAUCCCCGCCAACACCAAAUACAAGAUGGCAAACACCACGUCUCUGUUUCAUACGGUAACGGCUCUGAAGCCCAACACGCUUUAUGAAUUUUCCGUUAUGGUGACCAAGAGCCGCAGGAGCAGUACGUGGAGUAUGACGGCCCACGGGACCACCUUUGAGUCCAUUCCCAGCUCUGCUCCGAAAGAUGUGACUGUGAUCAGUAAAGAGGGAAAUCCUCGAAUCAUCAACAUCAACUGGCAGCCUCCAACUGAAGCCAAUGGCAAAAUCACAGGGUACAUCAUCUACUACAGCACCGAUGUGAACGCCGAGGUCCAUGAUUGGGUCGUGGAGCCCGUGGUGGGAAACAGACUGACCCAUCAGAUUCAGGGUCUGACGCUGGACACCACAUACUAUUUCAAGAUCCAGGCCAGAAACUCCAAAGGCAUGGGACCCAUGUCAGACGCGGUGCAGUUCCGCACCCCGAAAGCUGAACCAUCAGACAAAAUGUCAAGUGAUCAAGGGCUGCAAGUCAAACCCGGUCACCCGACUCUACCGGAGCACGGGAUUGGAUCAAACAUGGAUAAACCAGGCAUCACGGGCAGCCAGGAGAAUCAUAUUCUGGUGAUCGUGGUGAUUGUCUCUGUUGGCGUGUUCACCAUCAUCGCUGUGGUCGUGGGGGCCGUCCUGUGUACGCGCCGCUCCAACUCCCACCAGAAAAAGAAACGUGCGGCCUGUAAGUCCAGCACCAGCUCACACAAGUACAAGAGCUCAUCUAAAGACCUGAAACCACCUGAUCUGUGGAUCCAUCACGAGCGUCUGGAGCUCAAACCCAUGGACAAAUCACCCGAGCCCAACCCGGUCAUGACAGAAACGCCCAUCCCGCGGACCACCCAGGACCCGGCCGCUGAGCCCAGCCAUCAGAGACGGGGUCAUGAGGGGGAGGAGAGCGUGUCCACUUUGGCCGGUCGGAGGGGAGUGAGGCCGAAAAUAAUGAUGCCGUUUGACUCUCAGCCUUCCCAGCCUGUGAUUAGCGCUCACCCCAUCCAUCCCCUCGAUCAUCUUCAUCACCAUCAUCAUCACUAUCACCUCCCGCCGCGUGGCUACCUUCAUCACCAGAUCAGCCUGAGAGCGCCUGCCACCCCCAGCACGUUCUCAGACAGACCUCCGUCUGCAGAAUCUGUAAGGAAUCAACCUGAACCUCCGGUUGCCCCCAGUCAGCCCAGCACUACAGCUGAACUGCAGAAGACAGAGGCGGUGAUCGAAGAGGAAGAGCCGCCGAGCAUAAACCCUCCGACAGCCCACGUCCGGCCCACACACCCGCUCAAGAGCUUCGCUGUGCCAACCGUCACCGUUUCCGCCCAUAACCCGCCCACCUAUGAGACCGCAUUACCCAGCACCCCUCUUCUAGCACAACCAGUGCCCGGCGUGAAGACCGCGUCUAUCGGGACACUAAAUCGAGUGCGAGCUCCGAUGGCAGUAACAGUCCCCAGUGCACCUGACCAAUCAGAAACCAGCAAGAUGCUGGACAUGACGUAUGAGACGGAUGAACUCUCAGAGGAAAUGGCCCACCUGGAGGGUCUGAUGAAGGACCUGAAUGCCAUCACCACAGGCUGAAGCGCUGCAAUCACACACGGCUGAACCGCGUCCUCAGGAACAACCAGGACAUUUGAAUGAACACUGAUCUCAGAUCAGCCUUGAGAAUGACUGAAAACAGAUCACCGCUUCAUCUUCUCCAUCCUGCAUGGCAGAGAAAUCUGUAAAAUGAUGAAAACUCAAUGCCAUUUUCUCAACUCGGAUGAACCGUUCCACACAGAAAACACACAGUUUUUUGUAGGAUUGUAUUUACGUAUUCCAUAUUUUUAGCCUGUAUGUGUUUUCAUUGUGUAUAUGAUCAUUUUAGGACUUUUAUUUCUUAGGGUGAAACCUCACAUGCUCAAACAUUGGGCUUCAUUCAUGAAAUGCAAGCAGAAUAAUUUUGUGUAAAAUAUGCGUAAAACCAUUCUUAUGUAAAUUGCCGCAUUCAAAUCAAUGCAAAAAUUUACACAAUGAACGAUUUACACCAAAAUUUGUACGUGGAUCCAUUUUCACGUAAAUGUUGCAUUCAGAAUAUCGUUAUUGCGUAAAUUGUCAAAUGGGCAUUUUUUCAGCGUCGGUAACAUCAUCUUAGUUGUUGCAUUUGAAUUGAAUGCCACGAUUUGCAUAAGAGCAGUUAUUGAACAAUUUGCAAAUAAUUUACAAUUAUUUGUUUGCUCAUGAAUGUUUCAUGGACUUUUUUGCAGUGUCUUACAUCAUGUUUAAAUGUUUCAUCUCUGGAGAGAAACCAAAAUCUCUUGUCCUCAGACGCCGGUAGCAUUCAAAGUCUGAAUAUGCAUUGGAAAUUUCCACAUGGACAGACAUUUACGACCAUCUUAAUUCAGUCCCAAUCCAGUAACGUUGAUGUUUGGUGCUUCAGAAACUCCUCAAACGUGGGACUUGUGAGAACGGAGAACGAAUGAACCGGUUCCUCAUGUACGUUCCUCUUCCUCAGGACCCUGAUACCUGUUUUUGGGGCCCUGGAGAUUCAUCAUGAAGGAGUUUAAUGCCAAGUGACUCUCAGAUUUUUGUACUUUGAGAGGUAUAUAAAUAUAUAUACGAUGAACUGCAAAUGUUUGCUUACGUGAAUACUUUGUACACUCUCAAAAAGGACAAUUUUUUAUAUAUAUAUAUUCAUCUUUCGGUUGGUUUUUAUAUGAAGAUGACACAUUGCUUUGUAAACAUUUUCCAUGUAAGUUAUGAACGGUUAAAUAUUCUGCGUUGUGUUUUCACCGUGCUGUUUAGCCAAUCCCUUCUCCCAAAGAAUGAGCGAAAGAAAAUAUCAGCGACAAACUCUGCCUUGCUCGUGUACAGUUUCUCACGUCAUGAAUGUCAAUGUGGCUGUAACCAGGUCUGCUUAUGAAUACAAUUGUUGUUUGUGUUUACAAUAACGGGGGAAGAUUUAAAAAAAAAAAAGGAAAAAAAAGAAGACACCAAACCAUGUUGUAUGGCUGGUGUACCGUCAACUGUCAUUUGCACUUUUUAUAUUUUGGAUUUGAAAUGAAUCGCUGAUGCCAUGUGAAAUAUGAACCUAUUUUAUGUAACAAUGAUGUCACAAGUAAACGGCUGGUUUCAAAGACAUUUAACUGUUGUUUAUUUUGUUACAUUGUUAAAUAAGACCAUAUUUGCAUUUUUCUCAAACUUGUGAUUUUCGGUUCAACGUUCGCUGAAGAAAAGUGGAACGAUUAUUUAUUUUAAGUUAUUUUACAAUGUAUUGUAGCUCAUUACUUUAAUUAUCAAUGCUGAUUUUGUACUCUGCUCAAUUCAGGCAUCUAGAAGGUCACUGAUGGAUAAAAGGUAGAUCAAAUAAAUCAAUGAAAAAGUUAUGGACAAAUCAAAC